AUGAUGUACAACGGUCUUGAUUCCUUUUUCAUUAACUUCCAAGCUUGGAUGUCUUGGAUCUGCCUUCGAUUUUCCAGUUUGUCUGAACGCAGUUACUCGUUUGUUCUCUUUAUUGCUGGUCGCAUGCUUUCAGUUUGUAUUAUUAUUCUUGGUCCCAAUCAUUCUCACUGGCACGACGUCUUUGUCUUCGACGACGAAGAAGCUCAAGGACGCAGCAUGGUUUGUCGCAUCGUGGCUGGAUUCGGCAUCAGUCAGCGGAUUCAAGGAGCAUUCAUUCUACAGCAAUAUGGAGACACAACACUCUACCGUCUCCUUUUUGAAGGGGAUGAAGUGAUUGACGCCGAAGGACCUAACACCAAAGGAAAUCCAGCCCAAGGAUGUAUUCUUCUCCCAGAUGGAAUCAAAUGGAACAAGUCUGUUAAGAAGGCCAAGAGCAACAACACUGCCAGUGUUCGUGGUCGAUGUAUUUUCCUCUCAUUCGAGGCCAAUCUUACCGGUUUGACUGCACUCCAGGUAACUCUUAUCCAUGAUCGCAAUGACCACAUCGCGAAGCAGACUGCUGUGGAGCUUCUGGACGUGUUUGAAAGAGCCGUCGUCCAUGUCAACAAGCAUCCGCAUCCAUUCAACAGCUACUAG